CACCUGUGAGCGAGGCUGCUGAUGAGGGUUUGUUUGGGUUUAAAGAGUCGCCUAGUGAUCGCCGAGGAGGACGAAUAAACACAGGUGUAGAGAUGAGUGUUGUGUGAUGGUCAUGGAGAUCCGCGUGGGCAGUGCGGUGUUCAGCUCUCGAUUUGACUCUGGGAAUCUUGCGCGUGUGGAGCGAGUGGAGGCUUCAGAAGCUGCCGGUGAGAGCAGCAGAUCUGCUUCAGUCCCGCAGCCCGACUACGAGUUCAACGUGUGGACCAAACCCGACUGCGCCAGCACAGAGUUCGAGAACGGCAACCGAUCAUGGUUUUACUUCAGUGUUCGCGGGCUGCUGCCUGGAAAACUGCUGAAGAUCAACAUGAUGAACAUGAACAAGCAGAGCAAGCUGUACACGCAGGGCAUGGCUCCGUUCGUCCGCGCGCUGCCUGUCAAAACACGCUGGGAACGGGUUCGAGACAGACCCACGUUUGAGAUGUCAGACAGUCAGUUCAUCCUGUCAUUUGUUCAUCGUCUGCUGGAUGUUCGCGGCGUCACCACCUACUUCUCCUUCUGUUACCCGUUCUCAUACGCCGAGUGUCAGGACAUGAUGCUGCAGCUUGACCACAAGUUCCUGAGCAGCACCAGCACACACACGGCCUGCAGUCCUCCAGAGAGCAUCUAUUAUCACCGUGAGCUGCUCUGCCACUCUCUGGACGGCCACCGUGUGGAUCUGAUCACCGUGUCCUCAUGUCACGGCCUGCUGGAGGAGCGAGAGCCACGGCUGGACAAACUCUUCCCAGACCUGGGCACUGCGCGUGCACACCGCUUCACUGGCAAACGGGUGUUCUUUGUGAGCAGCAGGGUUCACCCUGGAGAAACGCCGUCCAGCUUCGUGUUCAAUGGUUUUCUGAGCUUCAUCUUGAAUCAGGAGGAUCCGCGCGCUCAGACGCUCCGCCGCAUGUUCGUCUUCAAGCUCAUCCCGAUGCUGAACCCGGAUGGGGUCGUCAGGGGUCACUACAGGACGGACUCUCGCGGUGUGAAUCUGAACAGACAGUAUGUGAACCCCAGUCCAGAUCUGCAUCCUUCAAUCUAUGGUGCCAAAUCUCUGCUGCUCUACUACCACAUCCACAACCGCCUUGGCCAUGCCUCUGGCUCCGCCCUCAAAACCUCCAACCAAUCAAACACCAGCCCUCACAUGGCCACGCCCACUGAGCGGGAGCGCUGCAUGAACCUGCGUAAUGAGGCGGAGCGAGGGGAGGAACCGACCUUUGACCUCUCCGAGAUCCCGAUGCAGCUGGAGGAGAGCUGGGAGAAGGGCGGAGUCCAGAAAGAGGCGGAGCCCUGCAAUGAGAACAAGUCAGUACAGAGCAGAGGAGAAACAAACUCCGCCCCCUCAGAGCAGGUCCCGCCCCAGGAGAGCGGAGUGGCGUAUUAUAUAGAUUUGCAUGGCCACGCCUCCAAAAGAGGAUGCUUUAUGUACGGCAACAACCUGACGGAGGAGAGCCAGCAGGUGGAGAACAUGCUGUAUGCCAAGCUGAUCUCCCUAAACUGUGCACACUUUGAUUUCCUGGGCUGUAAUUUCUCGGAGAAGAACAUGUACGCUCGGGACAAACGUGACGGUCAGUCAAAGGAGGGCAGUGGACGAGUGGCCAUUCACAAAGCCAUCGGCCUGGUGCACAGCUACACACUGGAGUGUAACUACAACACGGGCCGCUCUGUGAACACCAUCCCGCCCGCCUGUCAUGAUAACGGACGAGCAACGCCACCUCCACCGCCCGCUUUUCCUCCCAAAUACACCCCGGAGGUGUACGAGCAGGUGGGCCGUGCAGUGGCGGUGGCGGCGCUGGACAUGGCGGAGUGCAACCCGUGGCCUCGACUGGUUCUGUCUGAACACAGCAGCCUGCUGAACCUGCGUGCAUCCAUACUCAAACACGUGCGCAACAGCACCAGCCUGACAUCCAACAACCGCAGAAACACGCACUGCAAAACCAGCAGCAGCCCGCCCAAACCUGCAAGUCUGAGCACGUCUGCUUCUGAAAACUCCCUGAACCGCACACGCAGUAACACUAAUGUUCAGGGCAGCCGGCAGACUCCUCAGCUCAAGAGUUCUCCCAGCUUCACCUUCGGCACCGCAGCACACCGGCCCUCACACAGGAGCCUGGGGCCUGUCAGAGAGUGUAAAGUGCAGGAGAAGAGGCGUCCUCCUCCUCCCCCUCCUCUUCCUCAUCAUCAGCAGCAUCAGCGUCUCUCCGUCCGGCUGUCGGCUCCUGUGCGGGCUCCUCUGUCCCCCUCCUCAUCCUCCUCGUCCUCCUCCUCGUCUCCGUCCUCCUCGUCUUCAGGCCCCGGCUCCAUCAGUCUGGCAGGCAACAGCUGUCCAGAGUUCCGCCCGGCCAACCAGAUAAAAGAGCUGCGUGGUGGGCGAGGCAAGGGAGGCAGAUCAGGCCCCGCCCACUGUCACUCAUCACAGCAGAGAACGGCGCUCACAACACAGGAGCCGCUGCGGGACUCUCUGGACAUCCUGACGUCUAUAGAGUACAGCAGAUGUGAGCUUCAGCCGCGGCCCAGCCGUAUCCCGGUGCGGAGAGAGCUUCAGUCUUCUGUCAUUCCCCUCAGCAGUGCAGAGACAUCGACCAUGAGAGUGUGGAAACUGAUCAAACCUGGCCUCAAAAAACACCUGGCAGGAGUUUCCGGUAAAGACCGUCUGUCCACUAAAGCUGUGCUGAAGAACUCCAGCAGACAGACAGAUCAGCGCAUACACAGGUAACACACAACACAACCUACAUA